AUCUACACCUGGGCAGUUGGCCUGUUUUGGCCUCAGUGGGUUUUAAACACCAUCUUAUCCAAUAUAACAGGUCCGUCUUUUCCCUCUGCUGUAUAAUGCCAGAUUUUAACAACUUUUGUUGCAUUUAUGCCAAAUGACAAGCAAGAAAUUGAGGAAAGGGGACAUCUCUCCCCAGGGGCAAGGCUGGGCAGAUACUAUGAAGGAGUACUGAGGACAGAGGGGAGGAGUAAAAAUCCUGCUCAGCACUUUGCAGUUAGGGAGGUGAAUUAGUGCGGAACCCACUGUUCAGUCAGAACUUUAGGCUGCAGCUCGAAGGAUCACCAGCUUGACUUUUUUUGGACCAGCAAAAGUUCCAUGCAGAAACAUCUUGAUACGUGUUGUUUUUUUUAAAUCAGAAUUUUGGGCUAUUCUCCCUGAAUCAUACAGGUGGCAACAUGUUAGAACAGGUUCUGUCAUUUGGCCGUUCCCUGGUGCGCCGCAAGUUGGUUGACCUUAACAGUUUGGAGGACUCCAAGCUCUGUCGUUGCCUGGGAACUGUGGACCUGAUCGCCCUGGGAGUGGGCAGCACUCUGGGUGCAGGUGUCUAUGUCCUGGCCGGAGAAGUAGCCAAGGGAGACUCUGGACCCAGCAUAGUCAUCUCCUUCCUCAUUGCUGCCCUGGCCUCCGUCAUGGCUGGCCUUUGUUAUGCUGAGUUUGGAGCUCGCGUCCCAAAGACCGGUUCUGCUUACCUUUACAGUUAUGUGACUGUAGGGGAGAUCUGGGCCUUUAUCACGGGUUGGAACCUGAUCCUCUCCUAUGUGAUUGGUACCUCCUCAGUAGCUCGAGCCUGGAGCGGAACAUUUGAUGAAAUGACAGGAGGACACAUAGAAAUAUUUUGUAAAACUUACUUCAGCAUGAACUCUCCCGGUCUGGCUCAGUACCCUGACUUCUUUGCAGUCUGUCUGAUUCUGCUGCUGUCUGGACUCCUGUCAUUUGGGGUGAAGGAGUCAGCCUGGGUCAAUAAAGUCUUCACCUCUGUCAAUGUGCUCGUACUCCUCUUCGUCAUCAUCUCUGGCUUUGUCAAAGGAGACACAAACAACUGGAAGAUAACAGAAGAAUCUCUAGUAAAUGUCACAAUAGUUGCCAGGGACUUAUCAGUCAUGGGCAACGUGAGCAGUGAUUAUGGAGCUGGAGGAUUCAUGCCAUACGGUUUCAGUGGGACAUUAGCAGGAGCCGCCACCUGCUUCUAUGCUUUUGUCGGCUUUGACUGCAUAGCAACUACAGGUGAGGAGGUGAAGAACCCUCAGAGAGCCAUUCCCAUCGGUAUUGUGAUAUCACUUACUGUGUGUUUCCUGGCGUACUUUGGUGUUUCGGCCGCACUCACACUCAUGAUGCCUUACUACCUGUUGGAUGAGAAAAGCCCUCUGCCCAUGGCUUUUGAAUAUGUGGGAUGGAGCCCUGCCAAAUAUGUGGUCGCUGUAGGUUCGCUCUGUGCCCUGUCUACCAGUCUGUUGGGCGCCAUGUUCCCCCUACCACGCAUUCUCUUUGCCAUGGCACGAGAUGGCAUUCUGUUCAAAUUUAUGUCCAAAGUGAGUAAGCGGCAGUCACCUGUGGCUGCCACCAUGGCGGCAGGUACCACUGCGGCCAUCAUGGCUUUCCUGUUUGACCUCAAAGCGCUGGUCGACAUGAUGUCUAUUGGAACUCUGCUGGCCUACUCACUGGUUGCUGUGUGUGUACUGAUUCUCAGGUACCAGCCAGAUGGAGCUUUGGAGGGGAAAAGGGGAGGUGGCUGUAAAAGGGACUAUCUGUCCUCUGAGGAGUGCGAGUCUGAACUGACCGAAUCUGAGUCCCACCUCAACACCCUAAAAACAGAAGGCUCAGUUCUGCUAGCAGUCCUGCACCCACCUGCCUCUCCCUCUGAGCAUUCAUCUAGCGUGGUCAGCAUUUCCAUUUGUGUGCUAGUGCUGCUGACAUGUGUGAUCAGCUAUCUGACCACUUACCACAUCGACUCCAUCAUUGAUAUAGAAGUGUGGAUCCUGGCAUCACUGUCUGUGUGUCUCCUUGUCUUUGGUGGCUGCGUCGUAAUGAUCUGCAGACAGCCUCAGACCACUCAGAAGGUUUCCUUCAUGGUCCCCCUUUUGCCCUUUCUGCCUAUCCUCAGCAUAUUUGUUAAUAUUUACCUCAUGGUUCAACUGAGUGGAGACACCUGGAUACGUUUUUCCGUGUGGAUGGCGCUAGGCUUCUUGAUCUACUUCAGUUACGGCAUGUGGCACAGUGUGGAGCGCCGGCGCCUUCUCCAGGGCAACAGCAGCAGUGCCAAGCAGGCUGGCUCGGCAGCAGUAGAGAAGGAACAGGAGCAGUUCAUCUGCCCAGAGAAGACCAGUCAGUUUUAAGGUUACUCAAUUUUACUGCUAAUAGACUGUGAGGUGAAUCGCAGGCCCAACACACAUGUAACUACCGUAAGCCUUGAGUAACUUGUAGAAACAGCUUCGCCAACGUGGUCCUCGCUACAUUCAGUCUGUGAAAGCCAUGUCAGUAUUUUGUGUGAUGAGGAGUUGCUCUAUUCUGAUCUCUUUCACUGUGAUGGAACACACACACUGCAAUGAGACAUUGUGUUUAGAGCACAAUGGAAAGGACAGGUAACACACUGGAGAGUGACUUUCCCGCAGACUAAAGCAGUCAGAAGAAGACUGAGAUUUAAAAAAUGUUUUUUUUUUUACUAUGGACGUUACGUUAGAGAUUUAACGUAUCAUUAUAAGCAGAUUGACUUUUUAAACUUUUUUUAAAAUUCCUGUCUUCAUUUAAUGGUGUAUUUUAUUUUUAGGCUUUUGUAACAACAAUUAGGUACACUUGCACAAACUAAAGCAGCACCACUGCAAACUAAAACCACCAAAACACAUUAAAGCAAUAUCUCUCUGACAAUGACCAUCCAAA